AUGUCACUGGCAGUGAUCGAACCCUUCAAGCUUGCUGAAAGCAAUCAACAAUCUAUUAAGAAGUUGAAAAGACCGUAUGCUUACAACAGUGAAGAUGAGGAAGACAUUGUUUCAUAUGAUGAUGAUGAUGACUUCGAGAUUGACAGUACAGCUUUGAAAGGAAUUUUAAACAACACGGGAAUUAAGGAUGAAGAUCUUCGAAUUACUGGUCAAGCAACGAUUGCAGCAAUUCCUUCAAGGUGCUUGCAUGUGACUACUACCACAGUGUUUCGAGUGGUUUUUAAGUGUUAUUCAAUCGAACCCUUCAAGCUUGCUGAAAGCAAUCAACAAUCUAUUAAGAAGUUGAAAAGACCGUAUGCUUACAACAGUGAAGAUGAGGAAGACAUUGUUUCAUAUGAUGAUGAUGAUGACUUCGAGAUUGACAGUACAGCUUUGAAAGGAAUUUUAAACAACACGGGAAUUAAGGAUGAAGAUCUUCGAAUUACUGGUCAAGCAACGAUUGCAGCAAUUCCUUCAAGCAAUUCAGAGCUAGCCAUUACUCAGCCGUCCGAAGGGAUCUUGAAGAGGACCUCCAUUUACUACACAAGACCCCCACCCCAGAAUGCUGCGGGAGCGUCAAGUUCGGUCUCCAAACAUUGUCCUACACCAAGCACUAGUCAGACUACUGUAUGUCCGCUGAAACCGCGUAAUGUUGACAUUGCGCCCGCUGCUAGCUCCCAGGUUGCUUCUUGUGCAAGGAAACAAGUUGCCUGGGCGGACGAAGUUCCAGAGAACGAUACGGUUGAUUUUGAACCAGACAGCCAGGCUUUACAAAGUAUUCUGAGCAACACCGGGAUAAGUUUCAAACAGAUGAGUGUUCAAAACACCGGCCGAGUGACUCUAGCAGGGGGUCGCCUUACACCUUACCGCAAG